GUUCUGCAUCAACUUGCCAGGAACCUCGCCAGCAUGCCUCCUCCGUCGAGUCGCAUGACCAAGCAGCCCGUCCGGCCUGCACGAUUCUUUCCGGGCAAAGCAGUAGCCGAGGAUCCUGAUUCUGAAGAAGAGGACUCUGAGGACGAGGAAGACGAGCCAUCUGCGCCAAAGGCCCCAGCACCAAAGGCGACAUCGUUUCCGAAAAAGCUUGCGAUUGGCGAAGUAAAGCCAGCACCUAAAGCACCAGAGCAGAAACCUGAGGCGCCCGACCUCGAUGGAUUUGUCACUGCGUCAGAGUCGGAAGAGGACGAUGAAGACGGAAGUGGUAGCGAAGAGGACAGCUCAGAAGAGGAUGAGGAUAGCAGCUCUGACGAUGAGCCCAAAAAGCCCAUGCUUGCACCAAAGUUCAUUUCUAAGGCCAAGCGAGCACAACAAAGCACGCCUGCAGUAUCCGAGGAACAGAAAGCUGCAGAGGAGGAACGCCUACGGAAGGAGAAAGCAGACGCAUUGUUACAAGCACAGGUUGAGAGGGAAAUUGCUCUGAAAAAGGCUGGGAAGAAGAACUGGGACGAUGACGAUGUGCCGCAGGAUGAAGUGGACGACACAGAUGGAUUGGAUCCGGAGGCGGAAAGAGCUGCUUGGAAAUUGCGAGAGCUGAAACGAGUGCAACGAGACCGCAAUGCUCUCAUCGAGAAAGAGAAGAUGUUGGAAGAGAUUGAGCGCCGACGAAACAUGACGGAAGAGGAGAGGGCAGCUGAAGAUGCCGAGAAGAUUGCGAAGCAGGAAGCGGAGCGUGAAGAAAGAGGACAGAUGGGGCACAUGCAAAAGUACUUUCACAAGGGCGCCUUCUUCGACCCAGACGCUGAGCAAGACGAGGAGGUCAAGGCUGCUCUCACGCGUUCUAUUGCUGGGCGGAAGUUUGUGGAUGAGGCGAGUGACAAGACUGUUCUGCCCGAGUAUAUGCAAAUUCGGGAUGCCACAAAGCUAGGCAAGAAGGGUAGAACGAAGUACAAAGAUUUGAAGAAUGAGGAUACAGGACGCUGGGGAACUGAUAUCGGGCGGAAGAAGCGAGACUAUGAUGGGCUGGACGACCGCUUCAAACCUGACGAGAGCCGUGGAACUGCGUAUGACAGUACUGGAGCAAAUUCUGCGCCCCUGGGUGAAAGGCGGAGGAGAGACGAUGAUGGCAGGAGAGAUGAGAAGAGGCCACGAUAUGACUGAACUUCCGCGCGCAAGAAACCAUUCGGUCUAUGAAGCAAGUUGGUGAAGCGGUUGCAAAUGUUGGCUUGGGGCUCGUGGGCCGGAAGCGCAGCUGCCUGGUCACUACAUGCUUGCAAUAUCCCUGUUGCAUGUUUUGGUCAUAGCUCGCGCUUCCCUCGAGGCAAUUUCUUGCGCUGCAGCAACAAUCAUCUUAUCCUCACUCAAUCCGACCCGGACGUCCAAUACGACACGCAUGGCGGCGCUAGAAGGGAGUGUCAUCACUGCAGGCUCAGGCUCAGACGUAGGCUCCCUCGGGACACUAUCAGCGACGCUACUGACAUUCUGCCGCAGGGUCAUGGCACUGACGGGUGGCGGAGCACCGUGACACGCGCACUACGCACUACUGAGCUAUUGGAAGCCAUUCUAAGCAAGCUCUCA